UCGCCCCGCCCCGCCCCGCCCCAGCCAGGACAACAGAGGCUGAGAGCAACGGCACCGCAGGAGCGUGGAGCACCAUGAGUUUGGCAGAAAUUUAUGAUAAUGUGAAAAAAGGGAGGGAAUAUGCCCUUCUAGGAAACUAUGAUUCUUCAAUGGUUUACUACCAGGGAGUGAUCCAGCAGAUUCAAAAGCACAGUCAGUCAAUCAGAGAUCCAUCAUUAAAGGUCAAAUGGCAGCAGGUUCGUCAAGACUUAGUCGAAGAGUAUGAGCAGGUCAAAGGUAUUGUUAACACUUUGGAAAGUUUUAGAGUAGAGAAACCUCCAACUGAUUUCUCUGCACCUCAGCAAGAUGAAUCUUCCAGAGAUCCUGGUAUUUGGCCACCGCCUAUUCCCGUUGAACACCGAGCUCCUUUGAUGAAGCGGCAGAAUCGUGAGGUUAAGCCUGUGCGAAAAGAAUCACCAGUUGUCCAGGCACGAGGUCUUGUGGGUCGAGGUCAGCAAGCUGGUAGAGUUGAAAAAUCUAGCAGCAAGCAUAGCAGUGAUUCCAGAGCAAGAGGAAAAGAUGACAAGGGCAGAAGAAAUCCGCAGGAAGCGGCAGGAGAUGCAGAUGGCAAAAGAUUUGAUGGAACUGGCUAUGAUAAGGACUUAGUUGAUGUUCUGGAGAGAGAUAUUAUUUCCAGGAAUCCCAAUGUCCAUUGGGAUGAUAUAGCUGAUUUAGAAGAUGCUAAGAGACUUUUGAGAGAAGCUGUAGUGCUACCCAUGUGGAUGCCUGACUUCUUCAAGGGAAUAAGGCGACCCUGGAAGGGUGUCUUAAUGGUUGGACCACCAGGCACAGGUAAAACCAUGCUAGCUAAGGCUGUGGCUACAGAGUGUGGUACAACUUUCUUUAAUGUGUCCUCUUCCACACUAACUUCCAAGUACAGAGGAGAGUCUGAAAAGUUGGUUCGUUUGUUAUUUGAAAUGGCCCGAUUUUAUGCUCCAACAACUAUUUUUAUAGAUGAAAUAGAUUCAAUCUGUAGUCGCAGGGGCACAUCUGAUGAGCAUGAAGCCAGCCGUAGAGUAAAGUCUGAGCUACUUAUUCAGAUGGAUGGUGUAGGGGGUGCUUCAGAUAAUGAGGAUCCCUCCAAAAUGGUUAUGGUAUUGGCUGCCACAAAUUUCCCAUGGGAUAUAGAUGAAGCUUUGAGGAGGAGACUGGAAAAAAGGGUAUACAUUUCUUUGCCUACAGCAAGUGGGAGGGCAGAACUGCUGAAAAUAAAUCUCCGAGGAGUAGAUGUUGCUCUAGGUGUUGACGUUACAAUUAUUGCUGAGAAGAUGGAAGGUUAUUCUGGCGCAGACAUCACAAACGUUUGCAGAGAUGCUUCCAUGAUGGCAAUGCGGCGUCGAAUUCAAGGCCUGUCACCAGAAGAAAUCAAAGCCUUGUCCAAAGAGGAGUUACAAAUGCCUGUAACCAUGGAUGACUUUGAGCUGUCUCUAAAGAAAAUUUCCAAAUCAGUUUCUGCUUCAGAUCUUGAAAAGUAUGCAACGUGGAUGGCCGAGUUUGGUUCAGUGUAAUUUAUUGCAGUAGUGUACCUCAAUAUGGAAGGUAUUGAGUAAUAUAUAUUGUGUGAAGUCAUAGGAUAUGAAGAUUAUUUUUGCAAAUUUGGUUCUUAAUAGACAAUACAUUAUCAAUUUAAGCCUUGAGAAUCAAAUUUACAUCAAUCCUGACUCAUUACAUGAAAAUUGAAGCACUUUAAUGCAUUAAUAAACUAAUCUGACAUAUUAGGUAAAAGAGGAAGCUAUUUCAAAUCAUUUGAUGUGUUGACCUGCUGGUAAGAAAAUAGGAUACCAACCCUUGCCCCCUUGUUUAUUAUUGGUCAAAUUAUUACUUAGCAUUUCACUGACAAAGCUGUGCUGCAUAUUGAAAAUAUCUAAUUUCCUGCCCUACCCAUAUUUAUUGCCAGAUACAUUCUACAACUCUAUAUACUCCUUUGUUAGAUGCUUCAAAUUUAUAAAAUUGUUAACAGCCAUAUAGUGCAAUACAGUAAUAGAGCCACUUGGUUUGGGUACCAAAUUCAAAAGAAACCAUGUUACUUAACUGCACAAUCUUAUAGGGCCAUGUGUUCAACAACCAACGUUUCAUAGUUUGCAAAAUACUAGCUAGCUAUCUGUCCAAUGGCAGAAUAUUUUAGAAGUUGCAAUGAUUUUUUUAAAAUUAAAAAUUCCUCUUUUUAAGUAGCUUGAUAUGGACACUUACCAAAAUUCAGAUAUGCACUAAUUGGGAUGAGUGCCGUGUCUAACAGUCAAGUAGCCCUCUUGAGCACAUGAUAUAAUUUGAAAUACAGUUUUACUGACAGUAUAUUUUCACAAUUGUUAAUACUUCUUUGAAAAGAUUUUUUUCACAGAACAAAAGGACUGAAAUAUCUCAAAUUUUAAAAUUUUCUUAACUUCAGUAUGGUGUGAGGUUAUCUGAUUUGUCCAACAUAAAAUUUGUCUUCCAUUUCAGUACCCAGACCAUUCAUGUUAAUAAGUAAAUGUUACACUAUUUGAAUUUUUAAAAAUCUAUUCAAAAUUGCACAUUUCAAAUUGCAGAGCCUCAUCAAGGUACAGCCAUCUAUUAGCUCUAAAACCCUAAUACCAGGUUGCAUAUCUCAGGCAUGUUAGCAUAAACUGCUGAGCACCUAUGUGAAUUUUUUAAUAAAGAAAAUCAACUGAGAAAACAAUCAACACUACCCAAAUCUAUUGGAUAUCUUCCAAAGCAUCGCUUUGUUUUUCCCUUGACAUUUGGGUUAUAACUUGUGCCAUGCAGCAUGCCAUUACGUUGAUUGAUUGUUUAUGUCCACCCUCUUAUUGCAAGCCCUUAUCCCCAUUUUCAGUUGCCUGUCUAGACUUAGAGACUAAUAUUGGCUACUCUCCUACCAAAGGUAUAAUUUUUUUGUUUUGAUAAGGGACUUAAAAGCACAUAAUCGGUACUUGUGUGCAACAGUUUUUAAUCUUUGGAGCUAUUUGGUUCUCUUCUUGGAACUAAUCAUUUUACUUUCAAAUGCACUGUUAUUAUAAGGAUAAGUUAAUCAAUUAACACAAGACUUGCUAAUUUAUGAAUAAUUCCAAAACAGUUUCAAAUGUCAUCAGUACUGUCUUGGUGCAGUAAAUGCAAACAGGAAAUUUAUUUCUGACUUGUUAUAUAGUGCAGGAAGCAAACUAGUUUUUAAAUUAAAUUUGCUUGUCAUACGGCUACAAUAUAGGGGCAGAUGUGAACAGCCCUAUUAACACACAGCUCAUUAGUAUAUCUGUAUACCUAGUAACAAUAUAGAAAGCUAAUUGAGAUUCAACCCAUCCUUGGAUGCACAGUGCAAUGCAUUGGAACAUCAGUGUUUGCGGAACAAUUUAAAAUUUUCCAUUCUUUUACUAUGUAUGAUGAAGAAGCAUGAGUGGGCAGGUAUAUCUUGUAUCAUUCUCAAGCUUGGUAUGUUCUAUAAGCCAAUUGAUUUUUUUUUCCAACAUUGAGACUAAUAUAUAAAAGUGUCAUUUUGGCUCUGCUGAAUAGUGCUAACUCAGUAUUACAUGUUUAGUUAUGGUUAUGAGCAUUCUUUUAGUACUUGCACUUUUUGUAACAAAAACUUUAUAGAAAAAGAGAUGCUAAUGUUUUAUGUCAUUUUUAUAUUGAGUCCUCAUAAAAGCGUUACAUGUACUGUUUUGGUAAUAAGCAAUUGUAUUACUUAUUUGAGCAUAUUAUUUAUAGGGUUUUUUUGCUGUUAUGGAAGAGUUCUAAAUAAAAUUUCUUCUUUAGUUUUUGUGAAAUCUCUAAUAAUAGGAUAAUUCUGUUCAACCUGUUUAGUAAACCUACACUUUAAUUAUUAAUGGCUUUUGGAUUUUUAAAAAAUAACUGUUUAACGAUAUAACUUGUAUUUUAUGAAAGAAGAAAGAAUUUGCAUUUAUAAAGCAUCUUUCAUAUUCUCAGAUCCCAAAAUGCUUCACAAUUAAUUAGGUAUAGCCAUUUGUUGCAUAAGCCAAGGCAGCAGCUAAUUUGUGCAUAUCAGUGUGUCUUAACAGCAAUGCAAUAAAUCACCACUUAAUUUGUUUUGAUAUUGGUUGAAAGACAGAUGUUGGCCAAGAGAUGUUCAGAGACCAAAUCAUUCUCCAAAAUGUAAGUGUGACAAUUGCAAUAUAAUGUUACCAGUGUUAACUGGUAAGCCACUGUACUACAUAUGCCAUGAUUAUCGCAUUGCUGUUUGUGGGAACAUACUGUGCAGAAAUUGAUAUAUUUCCUAAGUUACAUCAGUAAUAGACUGCCAUUCAAAAGUAUUUCAUUGGCUAUAAAAUGCUUUGGACAUCCUGUGUUCUUGGAAGAUCUUAUAUAAAUGCAAGUUCAUCUUUUUAAAGUUAGUCACUGAGCUGUACCUGCAAAGUACUUCAAAGAUCAUUGUGCUAACCUAUGAUGUAUGAGAUAGUAAAAUGAAUCUAUUAUCUGUGUGUCAUUUCAGAAUAGGAUGUGCAUUUAUAUCAUUUGGAGUAAAUCAUAGGUUAAUACUGUGGAAAA